GGGGAUGCUCCGGGGCGGUUUCGGGGGUGAUUCCCGGGAUCCCCGCACCGGGCGGGGAGCCGCGGCUUCCCGGAGAGGCUGGGCCGGGAGCCGGUGGCGGCGGGGGUUGUGUGACCCCGGUUUGAGUCUUGUCACCUCCCCCGCGGGGGUUUUGGAGUGUUCUUUCCGUGGUCUCGCUGUGGCCAAAACAAACCGGGCCGGUUCUGUGGUUUCCCGGCUGGAGCACGCGGGGAACGUGACCGGCGAUGGGGGCAGCGGAGCGGGGACUCCUCGUGUCCCAAAGUCCCGGUACCGGGGACUCCUCGUGUCCCAAAGUCCCGGCACCGGGGACUCCUCGUGUCCCAAAGUCCCGGCACCGGGGACUCCUCGUGUCCCAGAGUCCCGGCACCGGGGAUUCCUCGUGUCCCAAAGUCCCGGCACCGGGGACUCCUCGUGUCCCAAAGUCCCGGUACCGGGGACGGCUCCGAGCUCGGUUUGGGGGGGAGAGGAGGGCAGCGGCCGUGGCCAGGUCCCGGUGUUGGAUUUGGGGAUCUGUCCUAUGGGACUGGAGCUCCUGUCCUGUUGGAUUUAGGGAUUCUGUCCCAUGGGAUUUGGGCUCCUGUCCUAUUGAAUUUGGGGACCUGUCCUGUGGGGUUUGGAUUCCUGUCCUGUUGGAUUUAGGGACCUAUCCUGUUGGAUUUAGUGAUCCUAUCCCAUUGGAUUUAGGGAUUCUGUCCCACUGAAUUUGGGGUCCUCUCCUGUUGGGUUUGGGCUCCUGUCCCAUUGGAUUUGGGGACCUGUCCUAUGGGACUGGGGGUCCUGUCCUGUUGGAUGUAGGGAUUCUGUCCUGUGGGAUUUGGGGUCUUGUCCCAUUGGAUUUAGGGAUCCUGUCCCAUUGGAUUUGGGGAGCUGUCCCAUUGGAUUUGGGGUCCUGUCCUGUUGGAAUUGGGAUCCUGUCCCAUUGGAUUUGGGGAGCUGUCCCAUUGGAUUUGGGGAACUGUCCCAUUGGAUUUAGGGGUCUUUCAUUCAGUUUUGAGGGUCUGUCCUGUCAGAUUUGAGGGUCUGUCCUGUCGGAUUUGGGGGUUUGUCCUGUUGGAUUUGGGGGUUUCUCACUGAAUUUUGUGCGUUUGUCCCUUUGGAUUUGGGAUCUGUCCCUUUGGAUUUGGGGGUCUGCCCCUUUAAGUUUGGGGAUCUUUCACUGAAUUUUGGAUGUCUGUCUUGUUGUAUUUGGGGGUCUCUCAUAGGAUUUGGGGUGUGUCCCGUUGUGGGACCACCUCUGAGGGCUGGUGACAGAGAGGGGACACAGGGAGGGAGCUGAGUGAUGGCUGUUGCUGUGACAGCUGAUUCCCAGGAUCUGCUGAGCUCCUUAUCCCUCCUGGCGUAGCUGGAAUUCCUCUUUGGGGCCCCCUCCUUGGAAUGGCUCCUCUGUCCCUCUCAACUGACAGCUCCCAAAAUUCUGCUGCUCCUGGGAUUCCUCAGGCAGUUCCUUGGAUUUUCAUCUUUUUCCUUGGAAAAACUCUGGAGAUGUGGGGCUGGUGCAUGCUGAUCCAGAGGAGUUCUGGGCAGAAAUCUCCUGGUUUUGGGGAAUCCUUUGGCUUGGGAUGUUUGAGAAGGAACCAAGCAAAGGUGGGGCUGUGGGGGAGAAGCAGGAAUGAUUGUGUUCAUCAGGAAUGUGCUCAGAAGGAACAGGGAGAGCAGGCAGGGAUAAAAGAUUGUUCUGGAGAGGGUGGCUCUGCAUGGCCUGUUCCGUGCCCUUGGCAGCACUUGCUGCUCCUUUGGGAGGCACCAGGACGUUCCUUGGAGCAGGGAAUGUCCUGGCACUGCUGUCCAGCUCCAGCCCUGCCCAUCCUUCCCACAGUGCCCUGGUUUGGGGUAAAAUGGGGGUAAAAUGGGGCAGGACAGGGAUGGCAUUCCCUGCAUGUGUCACUGCUGGGACACGACUGUCACCCUGAUCCCAGGGUGGGACAGGGACACAGCCCCAACAUGUUAGGGGGUCCAGGCAGUGUUAUGGGGUCAGGACAGGGUCCAGGCAGGGGACCCCACACUACAGGGACCCCCUCCCCACAGCGAGGGGACCCCCACCCUCCUCAGCACCUCCCAGCACAGGGGUGACCAGAAACAUUGAAGGGUUUUUGUGUAGAAGAGAGUACAAAAGGGACAGGGACAGGAUCCAUGGAACAGGGCUGGCUCUGGGCUUAUCCCAGGGUGGGACAGGGACACAGCCCCUGGCAGGGACAGGAUCCAUGGAACAGGGCUGGCUCUGGGCUUAUCCCAGGGUGGGACAGGGACACAGCCCCUGGCAGGGACAGGAUCCAGGGCACAGGGCUGGCUCUGGGCUCUGCAGCAUGUGUCACUGUCCUGGGUGGCAGCAAGACCAGGACACAACUGUGACCCUGAUCCCAGGGUGGGACAGGGACACAGCCCCUGGGAGGGACAAGAUCCAUGGAACUGGGCUGGCUCUGGGCUGAUCCCAGGGUGGGACAGGGACAGGAUCCAGGGCACGGGGCUGGCUCUGGGCUCUGCAGCUCCCAAGGGCGGCACCGUGCCUGGGCUGGUUCUGCUGGUUGGACCAGCACUGCCCUGCCCAGCUCUGCUGGGCUCUGCCCUCCUUUGGAUCUCCACUGGCUGCUGGGAAUGUCACUGGGAAUGUCAGGGCUCUCCCCAGGCUCUCAGGAGCUGGGAGCUGAACCCUCUCAUGGGCUGUUCCCUAAAUGGUGCCCCUUGAUUGCUGGUUGGCAUUGGGAAUGUCACUGGGAAUGGGAAUGUCACUGGGAAUGUCAGGGCUCUCUCCAGGCUCUCAGGAACUGGGAGCUGAACUCUCCCAUGGCCUCUUUACAAAAUGAUGCCCCUUGAUAGCUGGUUGGCCUUGGGAAUGUCACUGGGAAUGUCACUGGGAAUGUCAGGGCUCUCAGUUCUGGCUCAGGAGCUGGAAGCUGAACUCUCCCAUGGCUCUUCCCUAAACAGUGCCCUUAGAUUGCUGGUUGGCAUUGGGAAUUUCAUUGGGAAUGUCUUUCUAGGCUCUCUUGAGGCUCAGCUCUGGCUCAGGAGCUGGAAGCUCAGCCCUGGCAUGGCCUCAUCCCUAAACAGUGCCCUUUGAUAGCUGGUUGGCAUUGGGAAUUCCAUUGGGAAUGUCUCUCCAGGGCUCUCUCCAGGCUCAGCUCUGGCUCAGGAGCUGGAAGCUGAACUCUCCCAUGGCCUCAUCCCUAAACGGUGCCCCUUGACUGCUGGUUGGCAUUGGCAAUGUCAGGGCUCUCUCCAGGCUCUCAGGAGCUGGAGGCUCAGCCCUGGCAUGGCCUGUGGCCUGAGCAGUGCCCUUGGCUCACCAGCUGGUGUUGGGAGUGGCCAGCCUCUCUGCAGGCUCUCCUGGGCCUGGCUGGGGAGCUGGAAGCUGCUCCUGCUCAGUGGGACUUGCCUUAAUAAACUGUUGUUCUCCUCAUUCAGCUCCAGCUGCCCCCGUUCCUGCUCCCAUCCCUGCUCCAGGUACUCCUGUAACCCCUGGUGUGCCCCAUUAACCAGCCUGUGCCAUCCUGGGCGUUGCAUUCCAUUAACCCUAACAGCUUCCAGGGCACUGGGGGCCACUGGGGGGCCUGGCCCCACCACCCCCAUGUCGUUGUGCCCUCAGGGCAUCUGCCCAUGUCACCCCUGGCUGGAGGGAGGGGGCUCCCAGGGCACUCGGGAGUAAUUCCACAUGUCAGUGGAAUUAUAUUUAUUUUUAUAUUUUAUUUAUUUAUAUAAUUAUUAUUUGGGUUAUAUUUGACUUUCCCUUCCUCUCUUCUUGGGUGGGUCUUUGUUCCCCCUGCAGCCCAGGGUGUCCUGACAGACUUCUGGGGCUCCACAGGGGUUGUGACAGCCCCUUUGGUAGGGCAGAGCUGGAUCCCUGCAUCCCUGGCCUGCUGGGGCUUCCUGGUGGUUCAGGGAGUGCCUCCUGCCAUUCAGGGCUCCCAGGAAAAUCUCUGUUCUAGAAGGGAUGAACGUCCUGGUCCGUGCUGACCCUGGCAGUGCCUGCUGGGCCAGAGGCCAGAGGAAUGCCAGGGCUGGCUGCAUGCCCCCUCCCUGUGUCUCCUUCUCUGCCUCCCUCCUCUCAUGGCUCACUCUGUUUCUCUCCUUUAGCUGUUCUUCAUGCUGCUCAUUCCCCACCUCUGACUCCAUCUCCAUCCACCCAGGCACAGCUGCCCAGCACUGCCCCGGCUCUGCAGGGCCCCCCAGGCCCCGUGUCCCCCCCGGUGGUCCCAGCUGCAGCCAUCCCCGUGUUCUCUGGGCCCCCCCAGCCCCCUGCCCCGCCUCUGCUGGGCCCAGCCACCACUGCCCCUCCUCCAGCUCCACAGGCCCCUGUGGGUUUUGCAGCCCCAGGAUCUCCAGGGCCUGCCCCAGUUAGCCCAGUGUCCCCAGGAUUCCCAGCUCCAGUGUCACCUGGCCUGGCUGCUGCUUCUGCUGCAGUGACAGCAGCCCCUCUUGUCCCCCCAGUGAGCCCCAGUUCUCUCCCAGCUGCUCUCACCUCUCCCAUGAAAUCUGCUCCUGCUGCAGCCUCUGUAGGAGCAGCACCCUCUGUGGGAGCUGCACCUCUGGCUCCUCUCCCUGUCUCUGGAGCAGCCCCAGCCCCUCUCCCUGUCUCUGGAGCAGCCCCAGCCCCUCUCCCUGUCUCUGGAGCAGCCCCAGCCCCUCUCCCUGUCUCUGGAGCAGCCCCAGCCCCUCUCCCUGUCUCUGGAGCAGCCCCAGCCCCUCUCCUACCUCCCCCAUCCCGUCCCCUUCUGGCAUCUCCCCCACCAGUGCCUCCCACUUUGCUGCCUGCUCCCACGGUGGCAGUGUCCCCCCAGAGUCCAGGAUCACCCCCACUUCCCACAGUCCCGGUGUCUCCUGGAAUUCCUGCUGUUCCAGCCUCUCCCCGAGCCCCAGCCCCAGCCCUGGUCGGUGCCAUCUCUCCCCCUGUCUUCCUGGCUGCCCCCAAAGCUCCUUUGUCACCCCCUAUCCCUCUGCUGCCAGCUGGGAUGUCCCCUGGCCAUCCUGCUGCUGGCCCAGCCCCUGGUGCCCCAGUCUCACCACUGCUCCCAGUUGCUCCUUCUGCUGCCAAGGCCUCUCCCAUGGCCCCCCCAGCUGUGGGACCCCCAGUCCCUCCCUCAGUGGCCAGGACCCCUCCUGGGAGCCCGGCCCCUCGGGCAGCUCCAGUGGCUCCUGCCCUGUCCACACCUGCUCUGGGAGCUGCCAUCUCUGUCCCAGGGUCUCCAGCGAGCCCAGUGUUCCCAGCAGCAGCUCCUGCUGCCCCCUCUGCCAGCUGUCCCCCUGUCACACUGGCCAUGGCAGCUCCAGCCACCCCUCCUGCGGCCAAAGCAGCUCCUCCAAGUCCAGCUGCUGCCCCCUCUCCUCCUGUCACCACCACCCAUGGCAGCUCCAGCCACCCCUCCUGUGGCUAA